AGCUGCACCGUACCAUGCUCACCAGAUCAUACGAAAAAACUGCAACUCAAGAGAAACAGAGCACCAAGUCCCCCAAGCCCUCCUGUCCUAUAACAAAAACCCACAUCUCGACAAGUACGAGUCAUACGUAAUCACUUUGGACCACACAUUAGUACAUGCAGAAUCUCUUUGCACACCGGCCAUUGUCUGAACCGUUGGAGCUGUACCGGUCAGAGGUGAUGGAUUUACGGGAAAAGGGUGGGAUGAGAGAGGCUUGUAGGGUUCUUGUUGCUCCUCAUCGGCGUUUUUUGGAGGUCAGUGUGGGAUUGAUGGGAUGGAAGCUGGAGGGUUUACGCCGGGGGUUUGAUGCGGUGACAUUUAGAAGAGAAUGCAUUUUUGAGAGUACAGAAGUAUCCAGCUAGCUCUUUUAAUAAAUGAUGAAUUGCUUCUCAACUUACCUGC